AUGAACCCCGAUGCGAGUUUGAUUACUGCGCUCGUAGAGCGGUGGCGACCCGAGACAUCGACCUUCCAUCUACCGUGUGGUGAGGCCACGAUCACGUUAGAGGACGUUGUUACACUGUCCGGUUUGGCGAUCGACGGUGAUGCCGUCGUAGUUGAUAUACCGGAUGAGGAGUGGUCGGCGAUCUGUUUGAGACUGUUAGGACGGGUUCCGGUUGAUCUUGUAGGCGGGGUCGCUAUUGUUAGGAUUGUUUGGCUGAGGGUUGAAUUCAGUCAUCUGCCGGAAGAUGCAUCACAGGAGGUUAUAGAGCAGUUUGCACGAGCUUAUGCUCUAUCUCUGAUUGGAGGUGUACUUUUCCCGGAUCGGUCUGGAUCUACGGUGCACCUACAGUACCUACUUCUGAUUGAGGAUUGGGAGAGGGCUGGAGGGUUCGCCUGGGGAGCUGCUGUUUUAUCCUACCUGUACCGUGAGAUGGGUAGGUCGACUUUGCACAUUUCGCAUACCGGCACUUCUCUAGCCGGUGACCUUGGUGGAUGGGUCGCCCUACUGCAGUUCUGGGCGUGGGAGCGAUUCCCACAUCUAGCUCCUCGAGAUUCAGAGACGAGGGCACAGGCCACCGAGGAUGCACAUCCACGUGGUCUUCGAUGGCUUUCGGCCAGCAGUCGUCAGUAUGGUGACCAGCUAUUCCAGUACAAGCUGUGGUUAGACGCGAUGGACACCGUGGUGGUUAGUAUAUAA